AUGCCGCCGCCGCGAGAGAGUCAUGUCACCACCACAACAGGGGAUGCUGGUGUAAGCGCUCCCUAUGGCGUCACCAAUUCUUCCUCGUCGUCAUCACCACCACACCACCGUUCCAACAACUCAUCAUCAGACUCGACAUUGGAUGUUCCAAUAGCUGAUGGUGAAAAGACAUCGCCAACUGAUUCCGCCUCCUCGUCUGAUACCGAACCUGAGGUAGAGCCAGUCAGAGUGGCGUCGCGACGUACCAUACCGGAUGCCAACCACUAUGGCCCAACCACGGAGAAGGAUCCCGAGCUCGAGCUGGAACGCUCACCAUCGGCGGCGACCACGAUUGACUUUCCCGAGGGAGGUGUGACGGGGUGGUUGGUGGUGUUUGGGUCGUUUUGUGCCAUGUUGUCGCUGUACGGAUUGAUCAACUCGGCCGCUGUGUUUGAAUCGUACUUUUCGACGCACCAGUUGAAGGACAACUCGCCAAGCGAGAUUGGCUGGAUCUUUAGCUUGUACCUCUUUAUUGUGUUUUUCGUGGGGGUCCAAGUUGGGCCUAUUUUUGAUCGAUAUGGCGCGAGGCUGAUUGUUGCUACGGCGGAGGUUGACCAUCACCCUGCAGAAUAUUAUCAGAUCAUCCUCACCUAUUCCGUCAUGGGUGGCUUGGGCGGUGCUUUCCUCAACUGUCCCGCCUAUGGCUCCAUCGCCCACUUCUUCAACGUCCGUCGAGGUUUUGCGACAGGCAUUGCGAGUACAGCGGGCGGCAUCGGCGGCGUCAUCUUCCCCAUUGUGCUGAGAGAGCUGUUGCCGACCAUCGGGUUCAACUGGAGCAGCCGAGUGCUCGCCCUGAUCAUGCUCGGCCUCGCCAUCCCAGCCAAUCUGUUCAUCAAGACCAGACUGCCCCCCGCCAAGGGCGAAAAGGUGCAGUCGGUCUGGCCCGACUUUUCCGUGUUCAAAGAUGCCCGGUUCGCAUGCGCUGCUCUCGGUGUGUUCUUCAUGGAGUGGGGCCUGUUCGUUCCGUUGACUUAUAUUGUGUCGUACGCGGUUGACCACGGGCAGGAUGCGACGGAAAGUUAUCUGCUGUUGUCAUACCUGAACGCCGGGUCCGUGUUGGGACGUGUGUUGCCGGGAAUUCUGGCGGAUAAGAUUGGGCGGUUCAACGUUAUUAUCAUCACUAUCGCCAUUUGCUUGAUCACGGGACUGGCGCUGUGGUUGCCGGCUGGCCACUCGAAUUCGAUGUUGAUUGCAUACGCGGUGCUGUUUGGGUUUGGCAGUGGCAGCAACAUUGGCUUGGUGCCGGUGUGCUUGGGUCAGCUCUGCGAUCACCGAAAGUUUGGGCGACUGUUUUCAACGGCGAUGAUGGUGGCCAGCUUUGGUACGCUGAGCAGUGUCCCAAUUGGAGGCGCCUUGUUAUCUGGGUCGGGUUGGACGGCCGUGAUUUUGUUUUCGAGCAUCUCGUAUGCUGUUGCGUUGGCUUUCUACACAGCCACCAGGGUGCUUGCUGUGGGGUGGAACCCUCUGACGCGAUGCUUGUAUUUUCUGGCGCUCAAAUUUGUUGUACAUAUACUAAAUAAUAAUCUUCAUCUCACGCGUCCUCGUCGUCGAUUUUUGAGCUGCACAAUUUGGUGGGGGAUCAGCGGCCCGCCCGACGUCACCCCAAGCGCGGGGCAAUCUGGAGAUCAACAGUGCCCCGCAUUCGCCAAAGAAAAAAUUCCAAGUCACCGUUCAGACGGCGACUACCACCGGCGACACACCGUCCAGGAUCAGCCUAACAAACCAAAAAUGACCGAACUAUCCUCCGCCCCGGUGCUGUCAACCCCGGCCGAACACCUCUUCGAGUACGCCAGCCCAGAUUCCAAGACCGAGGCCAAGGCGCCGCGAAAAACCGACGACGAGCUCCGCCAAAUCUACGAAGUCGCACGGACGGCGCGAGAACUGCGACUGGGAAAAUGGAAGACGAUAGCCCUACAAUUCCCAGACGCGAUGCUGGUCGAUGCGCCGAGGCUAGUCCAGGCGCUCAAGGAUGAGCUGACUGCUCUCCGAAAAGAAGAGGAGGAAUCAUCCGGGCCAAAACAAGACGAGAAGAUAUUCAUCCUGGCCGACACUUCCUACAGCGCGUGCUGUGUUGAUGAAGUAGCGGCUGAACACGCCGAUGCCCAGGUUGUGGUGCACUACGGCCGGUCGUGUCUCUCGCCCACGUCCCGAUUACCUGUUAUCUACGUGUUUACCGAACAUCGGCUCAACCUCGACGAGACGGUCGAAGCUUUCGAGAGGGAAUACCCGGGAAAAGACGCAAAGGUGGUUAUCAUGGCGGAUGUGACGUAUCAAUCCCACGUUUCGGCGGUUGCCUCACGUCUUGUGUCGGAGGGAUACACAAAUAUUUACUCCACGGCCAUCACCCAUGACCCAACGAACAUCUUGCCCAACCGGAAGAUCGUCUCCCACAGCGCCUCCUCCGAUUCUACACCGGAGGGGGAUUCACUACAAGAAUACUCCCUCUUCCACAUCUCCACCCCCCCAACAGCCCUGCUACUAGCCCUCUCCUCGAGGGUAGGCUCCCUCUACAUCCACGACACGCCCCACUCCCCCUUUCCAUCAUCUAGCUCCCUCUCCGCAAGACGACUCCUCGGCCGGCGGUAUGCGAAGCUAUUAUCUCUGUCAACUGCGGGUAUCAUUGGGAUAUUGGUGAAUACGCUUUCAGUAUCGAACUACUUGUGUUCGGUGGAUGCGCUCAGGAAGAGGAUUGCGGCGGCGAAUAAAAAGAGUUAUACGGUUGUGGUUGGCAAGCUGAAUCCGGCGAAGCUGGCGAAUUUUGCGGAGAUUGAUGGGUGGGUGGUGGUGGGGUGUUGGGAGAGCAGUCUUGUGGAGGAUGAUGCUGGGUUUUUUAGGCCGGUGGUGACGCCGUUUGAGUUGGAGGUUGCGUUGAUGGGGGAUUGGGAGAGGGUUUGGGGGGGGAGUUGGUGGGGGGGGAUUGAGGGAGUGAAGGCGCCGGUUGGUAAGGAUGAAGAAGAGGAGGUGGUGGAGGGGAAGGAAGAGGAGGAUGAGGAUAGUGAAGAGGAGUCUGCGCCGCCAGAGUUUGAUCUUAGGACUGGGAGGCUGAUUAGUACUAGUCGGCCGAUGAGGGUGAGGAAGGUUAAGGAGGAGAGGGAGGGUGGGGAGGUGAAAGAGGGGGUGGUAGAAGAGAACAUGAAUGGGACGAAUGGGGCGCUUGCGUUGAGACCAAACGCUGAGUUGGCGAUGGUGAAUGGGGUGGUUAGUCCGGGUGCUGAGUUCUUGAGGUCGCAGAGGACGUGGCAGGGGUUGGGGAGUGAUUAUACUGAGGAAGAGAGCACAGCUAUUGAGGAGGGGAGGAGGGGUGUGGCAAGAGGGUAUACGGUUGGGGAUAGUGAGAAGAGGUAG